AGUUGCAUAACUCUGCCAUUCAGUGUUGAAUAAUCAACGUUUUAUAAUCGCAUCCCACCCUCAAAAUGAAAGUUGUAUAAAUUGCAAGCGAUUCUCAUUUGAGCGGCACAAAAUAAAAAAAGUCAUCGACCAACAACAGCUAAGAGAAAAAUCUGGGCACUAAAAUGUACUGGUCUGGACUAAUUAUCUUUCUUUUCUUUGGUCUGACAGAAGCUGGGACAAGUGAUUCUAAACCAGCUCAUGAAGUAAAGGAAUGCUUCAAUUAUGAUGUUGUAUGUGAAACGCCAGAUUAUGAGGUUCGUCACUACAAUGCUUCAAAAUGGGUUGCUACCAACGCUACGUCCUUCAUAAUGGAAGCUGCAAUGUAUUCGGGAUUCAUAAGGCUCUUUCAGUAUAUUAAGGGCAAAAAUGUAGAAGGCAAAAAUAUCAACAUGACAGCUCCAGUCCUGCUGAAGAUACCUCAAAAUAAACAGUUAUUAGAGAGCAAGACCUACAUCAUCCAUUUUUUGUUACCAGCUAAUUACCAGCAGGAUCCACCACCGCCCACUGACACUAACGUUUAUUUCAUUGACUUUCCAGAUAUGCAUGCCUUUGUGAAAUCAUUUGGUGGUUGGUUAAUGACAUGGAAUUCAAAAUCCCAUGCCAAGAGUUUGAAACAGCAGCUGAACAAUGCUGCUGAAUAAUUUGAUUCCAGUUUUUACUAUGGUGCUGCCUACAACAGUCCAAAGACAUUAACUGGUCGACAUAAUGAAGUGUGGUAUAUUGCAGAAGGUACACCAAUAUGUCUAACUCAAGCCCCGUGACUUCAUCAAAAAGAAGCACCUGAAGAUUCUUUAUGGGACUUGCUUUCUGUCCGUGUUAUAACUGAUAGUAUCUAUAAUCACAGCAUCUAGAUUUUACCUGUGUAGAAAGUAACAUUAAAUUAUCAUCUGUCUGGGUUCAGGGAUCAUAUCUAUGGUAUACUCUUUUUCCACUUUAAUAACACAACGAUCAUCAAUACCAGUUUUAGGGGUGGUGAAGGGGUGACUAUGAAGAGCAUCCUCCCCUGAAACCAAGCUUCAACAUAAAUUAAUAUAAACUGAUGAAAAUCCUCAGUAGGUUUCCAGGAUUUGUAAGAGUGGCAAUGUUGAUGAUGUUUCAUUUGCACCAGUGUUUUAUUAUUUCAACUAACUAUUACCUUACUACAGAUAAUUAUUGGUAUUGAAUGACUAGGAAUGGUAGAAAAGUGAUUACAUUUGUGUUCAAAUCCCACACUGCAGCUGAAGAACUUAAAUUUAGUUAAUCAAAAAGUUCUGAAAAAAAAACUGGUCUUAGUAAUAGCCACCAUGUAGCCUACAGGGUUUAUUUUGUAAGUUAAAUGAAUUAACCUGCAUGAAUAAAACUAGAUUAUAAUCAGUCCCCGAAAGAUAUCCAACACAUCCUCCGCAAACUUAGAUGAGAGCUGUUCUGACUGAAGAACCUUUAUCCAACAUGAAUGGGCAUCUGAAGUUCAAACACACGAUCAAACGUCAGUGUUAUCAUUUACUCCCAACAUUUGGUUACAUUGAGUGGCAAUAUACAGAUCUGAUAUAGAGGAGUGCACUUGUCCUCAAAGUUUUCUGCCAUUAUUGAGGGUCCAGCAUCAUGUUUCAAAUUAUCACAUUGGACCUUAGGUUAUUUUUGCCAUGGUGUCACAGUGGUUAACACUGCUGCCUCACACAUCAGGGACCCAGUUCCACCCUCAGGCGACUGUCUGUGUGGGGUUUGCACAUUCUCCUUGUGACAGCAUGGAUUUCCUCCAGGGCUCCAGUUGCCUCCCAGAGUCUAAAGAUGUGCAGUUUAGGUGGAUUGGCCAUGUUAAAUUGCCCACAGUCCCUAGGGAUGUAUAAACUAGAUCCCUAGUUACAUAGGUUACAGAGAUAGGGUAGGGAGAUAGGUCAGGAUGGGACACCCUUCAAAGGGUCAGUGUGGACUCAACGAACUGAAUGGCCUGCUUCCACACUGUAUGGAUUCUACGAUUCUAAUAACACUACCGGUGCAUGUUGAUUAUAAAGUAAAACAGCCUUGGGGUCUCUACUCUGCUGCUACAAUCUUGGUGGAAGAUUGACUGAAAUCUGGGAAAAUGGGGUAAAUGCAGAAGUUAUGAUGAAAGAUCAGGAGAAACCCCAUGUAUAUUCAGAUAAAAGUCUUUAUGCCUUAACUAAUUUUCUGAUCUGUAGAAAAGCUGGACGGACAAAGUUUAAUGUUUAUUUUCAUUAGCAGACUCUGGAAACAAUUACAGGGAAAAUGCAAACUUGCUCUUCAUUAUAUUUUAAGCCAUUUUUGAAUCUGGGUUUCUUUAAAUCUUAUUAUGGACUAUAAUACAAGAAUGUGCAAAAUUAUAACAUAUUGCAUUGUAUAUCAAUAAAUUA